AUGAUGGCUCCUCACCUAGGUCAGGAGGAAACUCUUGAGCAAAAACUAAAAUCACUCCAAGUCAAGCUGAACAUCUGUAGAGCUGAGAGACACGAGCUUCAAGAAGAGAACAAGAGCCUCCGUCUCACUUUGGCUCUCCGCACCGAUUGUGAGCAUGAGCUCGAGCGAGUUCGCAACGAGAAGCAUCCAGGUGUCGAGGAGCUCGAGAAAAAGUUGGCCAACGCUGAGAAGGAGAUCUUCGUGAUGGAGUCGACUAACAAGGAGCUGAUGGCAGUGUUGAACAGUACUCGUGGUCAACUCGGCAAAAUGCUCCGUGAACGGAACGAGAAGGUGAAGGAGGUGGAGCAUCUAGAGGAGGAGUUGGAGAAGAUGGAGAACGGGCAGAAGCUUGCGAGACGUGACGAUUUGCAUUGCGAUUAUGAGAUGAAUCAUUACUCGUCGAAUAUGAGAAUCAUGCUCGACGAAAUCAACGAACAAGCAAUGAGAUACGAAGCGGAGAAGGCAAAUUUGAUCAAGAAGUACGAGGAAUCUGAGGAACUUCUAAGAAAGGAGAAUGAGAAGUUGAAAUCUCAAAAGGAAGAUAUCAUCAAUCAUUCGAAGAAUUCUGAAAAGAUGUGGAAUGAACGUAUCGAAUCACUCAAUGCUGACAUUCGACUUCUUCAAGAGAGAAACAUGGGAACCAAGAACUCUCGUUUGAAUGAAGCUGAUGAUAGAAUUAACACUUUGAACCGCCAUCUUCAAGAUGCCUUCGAGGCGAUCGAGGAUCUUGAGAGAAAGAAUUCGGAACAUCGUGAUAAGGAGGUAGCAGCACAUGAGAAAAGAAAGCUAACGGAAUCUAAGCUGAACUUCAACGAGAGAACAAUGGCGAGUGAACGAGCCAAGUAUCUCGAGACAACCCAAGCUUUGGAAGAGCAAAUCGUCUCUUUGAACGAGAAGAUCAAGGAGCUCGAGGAGACGACCGACCAAGAUACGGUCGAAUACGAGACAUCACUCGCAAUAAAUGAGAUGGAGAAACGACUGAAGGAUCAGAAAAUACUAGCAGAUAAUAUAAUUUUAGAACUCAACGUGACUAUUCAAGAUUUGAAGGACAAGGUGAAGGCAUCGGAGUCAAAGAAAGAGUCUUCUGUGAAGGAAUGGGAUGAAGAGUGUGCAGAUUUGGAGGAUGAAAUCUAUGAUUUGAUGGAUAAGAGAAAGACGGAACAAAAGAAAAUGAGAACUAUGAAGAGAAAGAAUCUCUGGCUCACCAAAUCCAUUAGAAAACUCUCCGAACAACGACGUGGCGAGCUUGAAUCUAAGAAACUCGAGAUUCAGAAGUUGAAUAGUCUCUGCGAGCUUCACCGUAUGGAGAAGGUCGAAUGGCUAAGUGACUUGAAGAAGGAAGUCAAUGCCUGGAAGGAUGAGACUACCGUCAGAAUGGAAAUGAAGAAACAGAUCGAAGAACUCCAGCAACAGAACGCUGAGCUCGAGGAGAAGAUUGACAACGUCACUGCUAACUGGAGAAGCGAAUGCGAAGUCUACGAGAACAACAUUGCCGUUGUGAAUGAGCAACGUGCUUUAGACAAGAAGAAGUUCCAGAAGACGUAUGAUGAGAUGAAGGACAACGAGGAGAAGCUUCUGGAGAGCUAUGAUCAACUUUUGAAAGCCAAUGAAGACUUGGAGAGAAGUUUGAAGGCUCAGAAGAUUGAGGCGAGUGAUUUGCAAAAGGCCACUGUGGAGUUGUCGAAGAUGGAAUUGGAGAAUCUUCGCACUUUGAUGGAUAUGGAGAAGAAUAAGAUUCUAGUGGAGAAGGAUUAUAUUAAGAAGUGUCUUGAGACUAGAUUGAAGCAGAUGUCAGAGCUCGCCCAAUGCCACGAAGUACAAAUGGACGAGGCGUACGCAUCGAUUUCUCGUUUGGAAUCUGCAAAUCAGAAAAUGGAGAAAUCUCACUCCGUGGAUCGUGUGAUGUGGCAAAACGAAGUCAGUCAGCUCAAGGAGACAAAUGAGAAGCUGAAGGAGAAUAUGGGAGUCGAGGAGAUCGACUCAACUUCUUCUGAUGACUCGGAUUGCUCUUCGGAUUCUGAUUGUUCGUCGAAUUCAGAUGAUUCGGAAGAUUCGGACAGAGAAGAAAUUUACGAAGAUGAGAUGCCAAAGUUGGAAGCAGAGAAAGAGCAAGUGAAACCAGUGGAGAAGAAGAAGGAAGAAUGGGAGAUGGUUGAGGAUGAUGAAGAUGAAUGUAAAUAG